GCUGCUGCUUCCCUCAGCCAUCCUUUUCUCACUGAUUCAUCUCUGAUUUCGGUUUCGUUUCUCAAGAUCCUCCUCCUCCUCCUCCUCCUCUCUGCCCCGGAAAAGGGGAGGCGGAGAGAGAAGGACCGCCACGAUCUCUGCUGGGAAAGGCGCCCCGCUCGCUCCCGCCGGAUCUCUCUGCCUGCCUCCCCUGCCUUUUCUAAGCCCCCCACAAAGGAGGCGCUUUACUCGCGAGGAGGGCUGUUCCCCCCCCCAUGGCUGUCGGCGGGGACCCCUCGCUGACUCUCCACGAUGAGGCGACCUGCUCCAUCUGCUUGGAUUACUUCCAGGAGCCGAUGAUGAUCGUCGAGUGCGGGCACAACUUCUGCCGAGCCUGCCUGGCCGACUACGAGGCGAACGAAGCGGGUCGCGACGGCCUCCAGUGUCCCCAGUGCCGGGGAGCGUUUGCUCACCACCACCUCCGGCCCAACCGGCACCUGGGGAAUAUGGUCGACGUGAUCCGCCGGCUGAACCGGCAGCGGCUGGGCAAGGCCGGAGAGGAGGCAAGCCGGGCGGCCUCGCAGGUGUGCGAGAAGCACCAGGAGGCCGUCCAGCUCUUUUGCCAAGAGGACCGAGCCUUCCUCUGCCUCGUCUGCAGGGAAUCCCGGGCGCACAAAGCCCACGCGGUCCUCCCCGUAGACGAGGCUGCCCAGGAGUACAAGGACCAGCUCCAGGGCUUCUUGACAACAUUGACAACAGAGAGAGGGGAAAUUCUGAAGGAAGAAUGGUGCAAUCAGGAUGAAGUUCAACAAAUGAAGAGAGAUAUUCAAAUCAUCCAGAAUGGCAUUCUAACCCUAUUUCCGGAGGCGAAAGACCAGACCCAGCUGGCCCUGCUUGAUGUGUGUGUUGAAAAUAUGAAAGCGAUAGACAGCAUUGCACAUGACUUCUCAGAGCGCUGUUUCCUUCUCACCAAGCUGAUCAGCGAGAUUGAGGACAGGCUCCAGCAGUCCACCUUUAAAUGCUUACAAAACAUUGGGGACUUACUGAGCAGGUGUAAGAGAGAGGUAUCUGAAACAGCCAAAGCUGAUCUGAAAAGGAGAGCUGAAUCGGUCAUUGAAAAACUGGCACAUGUUUCGACCAAAUUGAAUGAAUUGGCAGGAAGCAGCCGUGGCCAAUCACCGCAUCCCCGUGGCCGGUCCAGGGAGACAGCUGCCAGUCCCUCUGUCAACACCAGCCAGCAUGGUCAGGCUUUUGCAACAGUCCCCAGUGUGUUCUGUCCUUAUUCAGUCGUUGUUGCUCAUCCUCAGCAACAGCAAAGAGGGAACAGGAAAAAAUGGAAAAAAGAAAAUGUGCUGCUGGAUCCUGAAACAGCCCACCCUCGAUACAUCAUAUCUGAUGACUGCAAAAGAGUAGAUUGGGGAGAUGUCCGUCAGGAUUUCUUUUACAACCCAAAGAGGUUUCAGUAUGCUCGUUGUGUGCUUGGAACAAGGGGAUUCAAGUCAGGAAAACAUUAUUGGACAAUAGAUGUACAGGAUGGACACCACUGGGCUGUGGGUGUGGCACGAGAGUCUGUGGAGAGGGAUGUGGUGCUCUCUUUUGAACCCGAUGAAGGGAUCUGGGCCAUGGCACGUUAUUGUGAUCAGUACAAAGCCAUGACUUCACCUCCUACCAUUCUGGAACUAGAUGAUGAGCCAACAGAGAUUCAGGUUUCUCUGAACUGUGACGCUGGCACUGUAACUUUUUAUGAUGCUGAAGACUUAACCCGCCUCUAUAAAUUUGAGUGUGUUGAUUUUGAAGGAGAGAAGGUUUUUCCUUUUUUUCGGAUUUCUGAUUCGUCUACUUCCCUCUCGAUCACUUCCUAAAACAUCUGUCCUUGGCUUCUGCUUGGUUUUUAAGAGGGAGCAGGUAUCUAUUUUGUGCACAUCUGUCUUUUGAAAUCUGCAGACUGCCUACUUUCAACACGGGACUGAGCAUCAUAGUGGAGUAAAGCAGAGUUGCAUCAUAGUUUUCUACAGUUUGUUGGUAGUGAGUAAUUUUACUGAAAAGAAUGCCUUGGUCAUAACAUCUAGUAAGGCUUUUGUAAGGAAAGAAGGGAUAUAAAUCAGAUAAAUGUCCAGAAUCAGACAUUGAUUGAUGGAUAAUUAGACACUACCUGUACCUCAAAGGCAGUCAUAUGAUUAUUUAGACAUUACACAUUGGUUAGUCCUGUUACCUUUUGCAAGGAUGUUUAGACAGUACUUUGAAAGUUGAUUACUGGUGUUAGUAAUCACUUUGGAGGAUCAUCACUUGUGCCUGUAUCCCUCUUCACUUGAUACCUACUUCCACUAUAAUGUAUUUACAUUUUUCCUAUACAAACUGUUGACUAUAUACUGAAUUCUGCGUGUCUGAGGAAGUGGAUUGCUAUAUACAAAAAGCACAAACUGAGAUAAAUCUUGUUAGUUUUUAAGAUGCCA